AGACUGCGUGCGUGAGUGGGAGGUGGCAGGCCUCUGACUCUGGCCUUCCCGGCUGACUGUUCCAGCGCGACGUCUCCAGCCAUGAACCGGUUUGGUACCCGGUUGGUGGGAGCCACCGCGACCCCGUCGCCGCCGCCGAAAGCCCGCAGCAAUGAAAACCUCGACAAAAUAGAUAUGUCUUUGGAUGAUAUUAUCAAGUUGAAUCGAAAGGAAGGAAAGAAGCAGAAUUUUCCAAGACUGAAUAGACGACUCCAGCAAACUAGUACUCGGCAAUUCAAGAUGAGAGUACGGUGGGGGAUCCAGCAAAACUCUGGUUUUGGUAAAGCUAGUUUGAGCCGUAGAGGAAGAGUAACACCUGGAAAGAGACGUCCUUAUGGAGUUAUGACCGGUCUUGCGGCUAGGAAAGCAACUGGAAUUCGAAAAGGGAUUAGUCCUAUGAAUCGUCCACCUCUAAGUGACAAGAAUAUAGAACGAUAUUUUCCAGUGUUAAAAAGGAAGGCAAAUCUUCUGAGACAAAAUGAAGUACAAAGGAAACCCGUUGCCGUUCUCAAGAGACCUAACCAGUUAAACAGAAAAAAUAACAUCCCAGCUAAUUUUACCAGGAGUGGAAAUAAAUUAAGCCAUCAGAAAGAUACUCGUCAGGCAACUUUUCUUUUUAGAAGAGGCCUAAAGGUUCAGGCCCAGUUGAACACAGAACAACUGCUAGACGAUGUAGUAGCAAAGAGAACUCGUCAAUGGCGUACUUCCACUACAAAUGGAGGAAUUUUAACUGUAUCCAUUGACAAUCCUGGAGCAGUGCAAUGCCCAGUAACUCAGAAACCACGAUUAACUCGGACUGCUGUACCUUCUUUCUUAACAAAACGGGAGCAAUCUGAUGUUAAGAAAGUUCCUAAAGGUGUCCCUCUACAAUUUGACAUAAAUAGUGUUGGAAAACAGACAGGGAUGACUUUGAAUGAACGGUUUGGAAUCCUAAAGGAACAAAGAGCCACUUUGACAUUCAACAAAGGAGGAAGCCGCUUUGUAACUGUAGGAUAGAUCACAUGUCAAAGGAACUUUUGAUUGAUGACUCUGGUUGAAAAGUUGGAUUGCUUGAAGAGUUCAUCACAGAAAUUCAAGAAACUUUACUUCAAAAUAUUCACAAGGCUAAAUAACUCUUUAUUUUUGAAGUUUUUUUAAAACAUGUAUAAAAUAAUGCCCUGAAAUAAUAACAGGGAAUAUACCUAUCUCUUCUUAAAGAUUUCACGGUUGGCCCAUAUGGAACAGUUCUGUUUACUUCUUUGGUUCCUCAUGCAGCAGAAGGAAGACAGAAAGAUAGAAAUUGAUUAUUUUUAUGAUAGUGGUAUUUAGGAUCUCAUCACCUUUGCUCAUUUUUUUAGAUUUCACUGUGGUGAAUCUUGGUCUUCAGAAAUCUGAGUAGGUCCCUUUGUUACUGUCACUGAUCCUUUAUUAGUGCGGAUGUAAAAAGUGCAGUUGCCUUUUCUCCAAUAGAUAUAUUUUUUAAAAAUCUUAUGAGAAUUUCGGUUUUGGCUUUUAAGAUGUAUGGAAAUAUUUGGAACUUGGUUCAUUUUUCAGGUAGUGUUAGAUUAAACCCCCAGAGUUGUAAAUCUUUAGUGAUGAACUUUUAACAAGAAAUGUGGCUCUUGGCAUUAUUCUCAGUUUAAAAUAUUGGCAUUUCAAGGCUGUAAAUGCAUAUUUACGAAGUUAUCUGAUAGGGCGUUGGAGAAGAUCUGAUGUAAAAACCUGACAGUUUUCUGUUUUAUUAAAUGAAGAAAGCAUUUAAUGAAAGGAAAGUAGUAAGUUGAAGGACCAGAAACUUAAGUGAAAAACUUCAAAAUCCAGGUUAUAGGUAUACUUUUUGGAAUUAGUGAAGUCUUUCUAAUGUCCACUAAUUCUUGACAGGUAAUACUAUAAAAGCCUUAUAAUUUUAAAAAUGAAUUGAGUCCCGUAGAUAUUUUGAUAGUAAAAUUAAUAGCCAUAAAGUACUACAAUUCUUAUUCAAAAGUUAAAAUUUAUAAAUUUUAAAGCUUGCUAAAUUAAACAGUUUAUAGCUCCCGAAACAAAAAUAUACUGUAAAUGUAACAAAGAAAAAAAUGCAGAAUUGUAAUAGAAUUACAUUAUAACCUUGUAUACCUUUCACUUUGAUUUCCUGUAAAAUACAAAGUUCAAAUAUAUGAGGAAAGUUUUUUCCCUACUUUGGAGGGGUGGAGGGAGUAAUUCUAUGGUGCCAAGAUAGUGCUAUGAGUCCCCAGCUAGUUGUAUACUAUAAAUUAUAGUAAAAUGCCAAAAUCCAGCAAAAUGCUCCAGCUACAAGUUUAGAAGUUUGGUCGUUUUGAAACUUGACCUUUUGGUUUCCUUUGAUGUUCAAACCUCUAAGGAAGUAUUAAGUUUCUCUGGCAUAUAUUAUUAGUGUUGACUUUUCCUAUAAAACAAAACAUUUAGGUUAUCACUUCUGCCUACCUUGCAUUGUAUACUACACAUCAUUGUCUCAUGCUCCUUGGUUUACUUACUGGUUUAUGCUAGUCAUGGAAAGUUAUCAGUAACAGUUUCAUGCUUAUACCAAAGAAUUAUAUCUGAUCCUUACUAUCUGGUAUUCUGCCAGUACUUCUACUUGAUAAGGGAUUAUUGGAAACCGGUCACAGAAUUUGAAAAUAAACAUAAUUCUCCUUAGCUAUUCGGUACUUUUCAUAGAGGCCAAGGACUCAUUGCAAAACAUUUUUCAAGUUUAAAUACUUACAUUGGACCCAAGAACAAUACAUUUCAGACAAGUUUAGAAUUGCUGGUAUCUUAUUUUAAAGCAAAGGAAAAACAACUGGGCAUGAGUUUUCUGUUUUUAGAACAGUUUGUGGAAAAACAGUAUAAAAGUAUUCUCAUUUUUCUGUUAUUUUAAAUAUUAUUAUAUAGAGGUAUUAUUAAUGCCAUUUUUUGGAAAACCCGAAGAAUUGCCCCAAAUGUUGAAAGUAAGUGCAUCAAAUAACAAAGUGUCUUUGGUAUAUUAAACUUGUUCUUCAUGCAUCUGUAAUUUAAUUUUCUUUCAAAUUUUUCCUAAAUUAAAACUCUUCUGAGUGCUAACAUGUUGGAUAUAAACAAAAACAUACAAUGUUGAAAGAAAAUAUCCUUCCUUGGAAUGUCAUUGUAGUUAUCCUUGUUCAGUUCUUAAAGUUUGUUUUUGUUUUUGUUUUUAUUUUAACAGGAUGCAAUUUAAAAUUUCCUUUGCAUCAAGGUGUAUGCAAAACAUUGAUGCAGUGCAUCACAAAAUGAAGUUUGUAUUUAAUGAGGAGGUGCUUUACACUGUACUUUUUGGUGUUUUUUGGAAAAGUUACAUUUAGAUCUAUUCUGAAGCUGUUCAUUUUUAACAAAUAAAAUGUAACAGGUUUCACAUGAUUUAUUCUUAGCUAUGAAGAUUGAGUUGUGGUUUUUAGAUUGUGUUAUAUUAUAAACAACUUUGUAGUAAUUAUUUACAUAUAUAGUUUUUAGGAUUUGAAGUGUUAACUACCAGCUCAAUUGUGAAGAACUUUUAUUUACAUUUAUAACUUUUAGGAACUGGAAAGUUACCUACCAGCUAAAUUGGCAAAUCAGUCUAGUCUCUUCUAUUGGCUUCCUUUUAACUCCUUUUGACCAUUUCAUUCAUAGCCUCCUAUAGGAGGUAUCCAGGAGUAAUUCAAAGAAGGAAAUCAGAUUACUUACAAUGAACCUUUAUCGAUCACCCAGUUUUAAUUCUUCUUUUUACAUCUUAAUAAAGUGAGACCCAAUAUA